GUGGUGGUGCCAAUAAAGGAAAAACGACGAACAAAAAACCUGCGGAUAAUGGUUUGUUUAACAUUGAAUCCGUGUUCUUGGAGGGAGAAUCAAGUUCAGGAAAGACGGGAAAAUUGAAGGCAGCAAAUAGUGUUAAGGUUAGACAUAUUUUAUGUGAAAAACAUUCAAAGGCUAUGGAAGCGCUGAAUAAAUUGACAGUGGACAGAAUAAGAUUUGAUAAGGCAAGACUACAUGAUUUUUGUAAAAAUUCGCGCGAUACAUCCGAAAAUUUUAAUUCUACAAAGCAGGUUGCGGAAGAUUAUAGCGAAGAUAAAGCGAAGCAAGGAGGAAGUUUGGGAUGGAUGGUUCGAGGAUCAAUGGUCGGUGCGUUCCAAGAAGCAGCUUUUGCACUACAACCAAGUACCUUAGAUAACCCAAUAGUUACUAAUCCGCCGAUAAAAACGCAGUUUGGUUAUCAUAUCAUCAUGGUGGAGGAUCGGAAAUAG